CUUUGACAUCGAAGCAUUCAACAUGAAGCUGCACAUUCAACUAGCCGCACUGGCUUUGAGCAUGGGAGCCUGCCAGGGUUGGUGGGACAUUGGUCACAAAACUGCUGCCGCUAUUGCUCAGCAGUUGAUGAAGAAUGAGCACUCGAAGAAGCAAAUGGCGAACAUUCUCAGUUACCUUGACGCAAUAUACACCGACGAAUCACAACCCGAGAUGUGGACCGCCGGAGAUCGAGACGCACAGGGCACCGUUCGACCCGAAUUGCUGAGUUCUACGAUGGCACAGGCGGCGAGUAACCCCGAUGUAGCUAAGUACUACUACAACAUGAACAUCUUCGGCGAGUGGCACUACAUCAACCAGAAGUAUGAUCCCGAGGGCCUUGACACCGAGGAUACGGGUUGCAACACGGCAACACAAGUGAACGCCAAAACACAAUUCGAAGACAUCGCUGCGGAUGUGAUGUCCGACUACAAUGGGCGCCAGACAGCGCGCUGGUACACGCACUUUGGCACCAUCAUGUUAAUCCAUAUAAUCAGUGACGUACACCAGCCAUACCAUGCAGUUGGUCGUUGCAUGAUGUGGGAAGGAGAGCUCGAUCAGGAUCUGGGUGGCAACCGCUGGACCUUUACUAUGCCUGACGGCAGCUCCACUAACAUGCACACCUUCUGGGAUGCCGGUCAAUUCUUCUGGGACUAUCCCGCUCAAGCCAAGCUGGAGGCUACAGAUCCCACAUAUGAGAAGUUUGCGGCUGAGCUUAUUGCCAAGUACCCCGUUGACACACUAGCUGCCGAAGGUUAUGACACCAACUUCACAAGAGAUGGAGACAUGACCCAGAUGUCCGAAAUGAUGACCCAGUGGUUGCUUGAAAGUAAAACCAUUGCUGAGCAGUCCUAUGAGCAGGCUCCUGUUCUAGGUGGCCCCAUUAAUCCGGAAUACAUCAACGUGUCGCACAUUAUCUCUGAGAAGCGAGUCACCAUCGCAGGACACCGCAUGGCCGCCUUCUUCGACGGACUUCUGGCCAAUACAGAGUACCCCAAAUACGAAGCCAAAACAACUGGCACGGAGGAGCAGGAGUUCACCAACCUCAACAUCCACGUCAAGCUGUCCCAGGAGUGCAACGACAUGGCAACGCAAUACAACCAAGGCGCCACAGAUGUAUUGGGCGCUGGUAACAACACCGUGGACUUUGUCAGUGGUCUGAACGAGCCCCAUCUCACGCUGUACCUGACAGACUUCCAAAACAGUCACAUAAAGGACGUGGCCGCUGUAAUCAACAACUUUGUGUGGGCGGAGGACUGUGAGAUUGUACUGGACCACGGUACUAACACAGGCACCGGCUAUGCAUUUUGGGACCCAAAUGAAGUGCAGCCCGCCUGUCUGCGCAAAAUGGCUGAUGCGAUCAUGGAAGUCACCAAGGCAUACAUCGUGACACCAACGGAGGAAGGACUCCCAACAUGGAUUGCCGACCUUCCCGAGCCAGAGCGAACGGAAAAGACUAAUGCGUAUUGGGAUUUCGGAUCACCUAACGUUGGAAGCCAAUUCCAACCACAUGUGACGUACGCUGCCGUGGCCUACGGAGGCGACACAAGCAAGUUUGAUGAAGUGGCUGAAGUAGCUGGCACUGCUGCCGGCUCGGCCGUGUGCACGUAUAUCGUAUCAGAGAUCGCCCUAGGACAAACCGGGUUGUCAGGUACCGUGCUUACGGGUUUGGAUAUAGCCUCAACCACUAAUGUUGGGGGAGCACCCGCUGAGGCUGAGGCGUCCACUGCGGGUGAAAGCGGAGACGAUUCCAGCUCAGGCACCAGCGCCGGGGUUAUUGGCGGAUGUGUUAUCGGUGGGUUGGUUGUCGGUGCACUCAUUGGCGGCGUGGCUGUGAAGAUGAUGUCCAAGGGUAAAAAGUCGGACGGUCCAACCGAGGAGUCUACCACCAACUUGUCCUAAGUCCUAAAUCCCAGGUGCAUAGCUCAGGUGCAGUUCAAGUCUUAAGUGAACCAGGUGACGUUAUGUACUCCAUAUGAAGAAGGCGCAGUCCAGUAGCGCAACAGCCCACAGCAAUGCGGCAAUCUCCACAGCCGAUGGCACGGGAGUACUAUCAAUGCGGGUGUACAAGAAGAGACUAACGGGUGAACAAGAAGAGACUAACAACCACCACCAUAGCCAAUGCACGAGUCAGGGCGAUGGGCCCCACUUACUUAAUAAAAUAAUCUACCUAUCAUGAAUAAAGACCAGUUCUAUCUACAUAUCAUGAAUAAAGA